UUUCCUUGAGUGACUACAGCGUGUUUUUUUUUUUUCUUCUCCUCCUUUCCCCUCCCUGUGUGCCCUUCUCCAGGAUGGCAGAGGCAGAAUUGCACAAGGAAAGGCUGCAAGCCAUAGCCGAGAAAAGAAAGAGGCAGACUGAAAUAGAAGGCAAGCGACAAGAGCUCGACGAGCAGAUACUUCUGCUGCAGCACUGCAAGUCCAAAGUGCUUCGGGAAAAAUGGCUGCUGCAGGGCAUGCCCGCUGGAACUGCGGAGGAGGAGGAAGCCAGGAGGCGGCAGUCUGAGGAGGAUGAAUUCAGAGUCAAACAACUUGAAGAUAACAUUCAGAGGCUGGAGCAGGAAAUCCAAGCGCUAGAAAGUGAAGAGUCCCAGAUAUCCGCCAAAGAGCAAAUCAUCCUAGAGAAACUAAAGGAGACGGAAAAAUCCUUCAAGGACUUUCAGAAGAGCUUCUCCAGUGCGGAUGGAGAUGCAGUAAAUUGCAUUUCCUCCCAGCUCCCCAACCUGCCAAUCCUCUAUUCACGAACAGCAGAACCAUCACCUGGGCAGGACGGGACCAGCAGAGCAGCUGCUGUGUACGCCAUGGAAAUUAAUGUGGAGAAAGACACACAAACAGGAGAGACCAAGAUUCUCUCUACAUCCACCAUUGGCCCAGAGGGGGUCCACCCGAGAGGAGUCAAAGUCUAUGAGGAUGGUACCAAAGUAGUGUAUGAGGUGCGCUCGGCAGGCACCGUGGUAGAAAACGGAGUGCACAGACUAAGCUCCAAGGAUGUAGAAGAGCUCAUUCAGAAGGCGGGACAGUCAAGCCUCAGAGGCGGGCGUGUGGCCGAGAGGACUGCGGUUGCAGAUGGGAGCCUCGGCCACCCUAAGGAUCACGUGCUCUGCAAAGAGGCCAAGUUAGAAAUGGUACAUAAAUCUAGGAAAGACCGCUCCUCCGGGAACCCAGGGCAGCAGGCCCGAGCCCCCAGCUCGGAAGGGCCGCAGGCGAACUUGGAUCAGCCCGUCACCAUGAUUUUCAUGGGCUACCAAAAUAUCGAGGACGAAGAGGAGACCAAAAAGGUGCUAGGCUACGAUGAGACCAUCAAGGCUGAGUUGGUCCUCAUUGACGAAGACGACGAGAAGUCCUUGAGGGAGAAGACCGUGACGGACGUGUCCACCAUCGACGGGAAUGCGGCGGAGCUGGUGUCUGGGAGGCCCAUCUCAGACACCACAGAGCCCUCAUCCCCAGAAGGGAAGGAAGAGAGCCUGGCCACAGAGCCAGCCGCAGGUACCCAAAAGAAAAAGCGCUGUCAAUGCUGUGUUGUCAUGUGA